AAGACAAAACUGCUGGAGCGUCUGGAAACGAUCUCGGCGAAAGAUCUUUUGGUCGUUGGUGGAGGUUCAUCAUCGUCGGCGUCAGUCAGCAAGAGAUGCAAUAUCACUGUCAACUUAUCGAAAAGCCCCUACAUGUUGAUCUUUCUCUCUCGUCUCGUCAAAUCCACCCAGGGCUGCAACGUCGAUCUGUUCGGUAUGGCGUUCUCAAACGUUACAUUCUCAGCUGUUACAUGAUCUGUCAUGCAAGAACAGCAAUAGUGAAAGAGGCAAGAUUGCAGCUUUCGCAUUACAGACUUUCCACAGAUUAUCAUGCUGCUUAGCCCUUCGAAAAUUUGUCACGCUAAGCACCUUGAUCAAGUGGAGGCUGAUGGCAAUCUUGCAUGACAAAUCCGUGUAACAGUUGAGAAUGUAACAGUUGAGAGCGCCAUACUCGGUUUGUUUUCAGAAAUCGACCGGAUUUGUGGAGAGAAACUCGAUAAGGAAUCCGACCGGGACAUGGCAGAGUACGAACAUGGAAAGGACCUGCAAAUCCUCCUGGCUGUUUUGGCGGAGAAAAAAGCGGAGGCGGAGCGGAAGAAGCAGGAAGAUGAGCUUCUUCGGUCUCUCCGGUCUGACGUGCAGCAGGCUGUGCAGCAAGCCGUCGCAGUGGAUGGUCCGCGAAAUAAACUUAAACUACACAGUCGCACUAUGGAUGAACGGGAAACGGGCGCGAGUGUUGUCGUGAUCGGUGGCCGCGACCUGGCCAUGGAUGACAACUUCGGGGGACUGGGGGUGCGAGACAAUCAAAGAAAUUGCGCAACGCCACACAGCCACAUGAUGAACAAUGACAGCCCCUAUAGUUGUGCAGGUGUUCAAGAUCAUAUGGUGUCUGGAAACUACGCUCGUCGCGCGGGUGCGCAAGUCCAGCUGGGAGACCAAAGCUUCGUCGUAUUUUCGCCUCGCCCAACGUCUUCGCGAGACGUUUCCGUCGGGUCUACUUCGCGCCGCGAUAGCCACCGAAACAAGCACAUUGGCGCGAGGAGAGAGAUUUUUGGCGGGCAGGAGGAAAGUGCAGGGCCAGAUGAUCUCCCUUCUAGUUCUAAGCAUAACCUCCGGGUGGAACAGCAGCUACAGCUACUAUCCCCGACAGCAUCCGACUCCGACAGCAGUUUUUUACCGGUGUCGAAGGAGAAGGGGCGUUUAGGACGAGACAGAAAGACGGCACAACUCCGAGGACACGACUAUCCACAGUAAAUUUCCCGUACACGUACAAAUGCAGUCUCUGCAUGACAUAACUCGCCUUCAAUCCUAGUCCAGCAUGACAAGUUGGACUCUGCAAGGUAGCGAAAUUUGUCAUGCAUUUUGUGCGUGUACAGGAAAUUUACAUUGCAUAACGACAAUAACAAUUCUUCUGGGCGAAGGUUACGCCAACAUCGCGCAGAGCUGUACUCCAAUCCCAGCGACGCUUGCUCGGACGGGGAUGGUGGAGGUUUUUUCAACGACGCAAGUAGUCUUGACGAGGAGAAAGAUCGUUCGCGUUCCCGAGAUAACAGGAUAAGAGCCGGACAAGUCAACAAUAAAGGGUCGCUUUCUGGCACGAGGCGGAGAAGCGCAAGCUCGUUAGAUGGUCGGAGCUCUUCGUCCUGCGAGGACCACGACAACAGACCAGCUUCGCCAGAGAGUAAAUCUCGCGGAGUUUUUAGGUUUCUGCAUCAGCACCUGCUCGACGAAAUAAAAGACGAACAGAAAAAGAGAAGCUGUAGAAACAACAAGAAACGGACCAACGGCGCGGCUGCGGACGAGCAGGAUGUGGAUGCCAAUUUAGCGCCGAAAAAUAGAGAUACACCUCUUCCGAGCACGCCUCCUAAGGACAAGAGUACUGCUCAACAAGAUGAAGAGCAGCCAAGUACAUCAUCGCGAUCGCCGGAUAUUAAUCACGACAAAGCAGAUGUCGUGUCUAGCUCGCCCAAUAAUUUGCAGAAGGUUCUUGAUCGGGCCCUUCUUUCGGCAUCAUCUCGUCUGGACGAGAGACGCGACGACGAGCAGCCCAUCUCGGAGUCGGAGCUGAGGUUUGAAAAUAAAAAGUCCAAGAAAAAAGAGGGUGAACAGUCGGUAGAUCAUACUCGGCACGAGGACACUGAGCGACGUAUAAUCCCCGCAGUGGACUACAAAAACCGAGUGGCGGGG